UUCUAGACUAUUAUGGCUGCUGGAGCCCUUGUUUUUGAGCAUUUCCUCCUCUCCCUACUCUGCCUCUCUCUUCGACUGCCGUUUGCACACUGGAAAUCAACUGUAUUGUGAUUUCUGCGCGCCCCUUGAAAUACAUCGCCCACGUUCCUGGAGACGCCGCCAGUGCUCAUAAUCAACACACACGCGUUAGAUUCAAUGGCGACUCACCGAACCGCUCACCCCGAACCUACGUACGCACCCGUGAUGGGUCGGCGCUCACGAUCGCGGUCUCGCUCCGCGCGACCUACGCGAGAGAGUAACGAGAAGACCGCACGAGCAGUCCAGCCACACUACUCGCGUAGCCACAGACGCAGGCGCCGUAACGAAUUGCCAUCAUACAACCACAAUGGGCACAAAGUCGACAAGGGCAUCCACCCCGAUGGUGAGAGCGGACGAAGGGGCAUUAACCCAUUCAAAUUCGUCAAAAUCUGCUUUAAGAGUACGAGCACGCUGUCCAUGAUGACAAACCUUCUAUGGCCUGUGGUUCCCGUCGGAAUUGCCUUGCAUUUUGUAAGGCCGGAAUGGCACCUUGCAAUCUUCAUCACUAACUACAUCGCCAUGAUCCCUGCGGCUAACAUGCUUGGUUUCGCCGGUCAGGAGUUCUCGCGCAAGCUGCACCACAAAGCAAUUGCCGUGGUUGUCGAAACUACGUUUGGAUCUGUUGUCGAGCUCAUUCUGUUCAUGGUCUUGCUGAAGACGUCUGAUGGCGAUCACAACGUGCAUGUCAUCAAGGCGGCCAUCCUGGGAUCCAUCUUAGCUAACAUGUUACUGUGCUUGGGGACAUGCUUCAUCGCGGGUGGUCUCAAGAACGACGUUCAGGAAUUUCACGAGGUUGUAUCCGAGUCUGCUAGUGGAUUGAUUCUUGUUGCCUCUGUGGGCUUGAUUCUUCCGGCAAUUUUCUACCAGUACCUGGUCAACAAUGCUGAUUACGACGGCACCGCCCAGCUGAUCACCUACAACACUUUGAAGAUCUCACGUGGUGUGGCCAUCAUCUCCCUCAUUGGAUACCUCAUCUACAUAGGAUACCAGACAAUGACGCAUGACGGCCUGUUUCAUGAGAUUUACGAGGCCGACGAGCACAAGGACGCGGACCGUCAUGCGGAGCUCGCGAAGCCGAAGCUUACAAUGACAGAAGUCCUCCUCGCCCUUCUGAUCUCGUUAGCCUGUGUUUCCCUGGUCGCAAUCUUCUUGGUGCAAGAAAUCCCAUUCAUGGUAGAAGAGCAUGGCGUCAGCGAUGCAUUUGUUGGUCUUAUACUUGUUCCCCUUGUCGAGAAAAUUGCAGAACAUGUUCUCGCUAUCGACGAAGCCUAUGACAACCAGAUCAACAUGGCCCUCGCCCAUGUCAUGGGUGCCUCGAUCCAGACUGCUCUGUUCAAUGCACCGCUUGUUGUUUUGGUUGGCUGGGGUCUUGGUUUCCAUAUGGACUACAACUUUGCCAUAUUCGACGCAGCUGCACUCAUUCUAUCAGUGUUAGCAGUAGGCAACUUUCUGCGCGAUGGCAAAUCGAACUACCUCGAAGGCAUGUUGUGUGUCAUGGUAUACGUCAUCAUCGCCAUCUGCGCGUUUUACUUCCCGGAUCCAGUGUCCAGCACCGCCGCCAGCGCCGAAGGUCAUUAAGUAAGAGCCGACUAUUUGUAAAACGUAGUCAGGCUGAUUUGAGACUUUGACGGAUAAUUCUCCUAAGAGAUGGUGUUUUGCGAAACGAACGUCGCCAGCAUUGAUUGCGUCUGAAGCACGGGCUGUUUGGAUGGGUGAUGCAGCAAUGCAGGCACUGAUCUCAUUGCGAGUUUGUUCAGCGAGUGAUUCUUUUUUAGCGGGCGUCAAUGGUGUGUUGCUUCCAAAUGUCUGAAUGUCUGUAGUUUUAGCGAGCGCAUAAUACCAACCUUGAUGAU